CUAUCAGAGUACUCAAAUAAAAUCUAUCUCUAGUUGUUUCUUUUUGAAGUACUUUGAAGAUUUUUUUUUUUAUAAACAUCGUAUUAUUCAUAUUCAUAUGGGUAAUUUCAAGAAAAUUUGUGUAUUUUGUGGAAGUAAUUCUGGAUAUAGAAAAAUAUUCAGUGAUGCUGCUCUUGAUCUUGGAAGAGAAUUGGUGGAGAGGAAAAUUGAUCUUGUUUAUGGAGGAGGAAGUAUUGGACUUAUGGGAUUAGUUUCUCAAGCUGUUUAUGAUGGUGGAUGCAAUGUUCUUGGAAUAAUUCCAAGAGCUCUUGUUUCAGUAGAGCAGAUUUCAGGCCAUGCAGUAGGAGAAGUAUUAAUAGUUUCAGAUAUGCAUGAAAGAAAAGCUGAAAUGGCUCGUAGAGCUGAUGCUUUUAUUGCACUUCCUGGAGGGUAUGGAACUAUGGAAGAAUUGCUUGAGGUGAUAACAUGGUCACAGCUUGGAAUUCAUGAAAAACCAGUUGGACUAUUGAAUAUAGAUGGAUAUUAUGAUUGCUUGCUUGGAUUAUUUGACAAAGGUGUAGAAGAAGGAUUUAUUAAGCCUUCAGCAAGAAAUAUUGUCAUAUCAGCUACAUCACCCAAAGAGCUUUUGGAAAAAAUGGAGGAAUAUGUGCCAAUACACAAUCAAGUAGCACCAAGCAGAAGUUGGAACACUGAUGAACCUGUGACAAGAAGUUCAUAAUUUUCUGGCUUCAUCUUGUCAUAGUACUCAAGUGUGAAGAUUGUAUUAUCCUAUUGUUUGACAAAAAAACUUCAUAAUUUUACCACUCACAUGAAAAUUCCAAGUGAAAAAAGGAGCACACAAAAGAAAAAAAAAAUAGUUUGGUUUUGAGUAGCAAGAGAGAUGUUGUAAAUUUGGUAAAAAGAGCAUUUGAUUUGUUUAGAAAUGAAAUGAGAU